AUGCUGAGUCCACGGUGGCCUGGGGGCCCCGGGGGGCUUCGGCUGCUCCUCUGUUUCCUGCUGCUGAAUAGCCGCCCGGGCGACUGCAACGACAUUAAUGCCAACGAUGGCCAGAGGCAAGUGAAACUGAGCCAUCUCUGGCCCUUCCAAGGAUUUACCAUCCCAGUCUUCUGGCACUUACGAGAUGUAUUCCAGCAGAUUGUCCCCCAUGGACUGUUCUGGAAGAAUGACAUUACCCAGGAUGUGAUGCAGAAAAUGCCCCGACUCCACCCACCAGAUCUCUGUCAGAGGAAUAAGAAGGCAACUUCCCCCACUAAAUCUACUGGCAUGAGGGGCGAGCAAGAGGAGAAAAUUCUACUCUUAUUCCCUAAGAGCCCCACGACCAAGAUGAACAAGGAUCAGUGCUUCAACUCUAAAGUGGCCUCAAAGGGCCGGAAACAACAGGUGGCCACCCCUGCCAAGACCACCUGUGAGUAUCCAGAUGCGAGGCUGGGGGAGGGGUGGGAGCACAUGAUGCAAGAUUCGAGGAGCUUCUAA